CCAUCACCACUCACCCACUCCCCCCUCUCUAUCUACCUCCUUCCGCUUUUUUCACGCCCCGCACGCUACUCGUCUCACACUCCAUUUCUCUCACUUCGCCGCCACUCCCAGAGGCCAGAGACCUCUCUCUCUCUCUCUCUCUCGGGACUCCUCCCCUUACAGCUACUAGAUUCUAGAAGCCAACAAAAACAGACGGGGGCGAACCGGAAAAGCAAAACCCCAAGUCUACCACUGUCAGUUCUCCCUCUCUCUCUAGAUCUGCGCGAGCCUCGGUUUCCGCGAUCGCUGGCCGCGGCGGUUGCUCCUGCUGCGCGGUGCUGCUCCCGCGCGCGCGUGUGCCGAUGGUCUGCUAAUCCGUGGCCGGAGGGAGCGAUGCGGACGGGAGGCGGGUGCCUCGGGCGGGCGGGGGGUCGGGCGCUCCUCCCGCUGCUGUUGAUCGCCACGACGGUGGCAUUGCUGCCGCGGGCGCUCGCCCUCACCGACGCCGCCGACGUUUCUGCUAUAAAUGGAUUGUAUGUUGCACUUGGGUCACCAGCUCUUCCUGGAUGGACUGCAAAUGGUGGAGACCCCUGCGGUGAGAAGUGGCAGGGGGUUGUAUGUAUUGGCUCAAAUAUAGACGCAAUAAAUUUUAUUGCUGCAACGAUGGGAGGACAGCUGGGAAGCCUAGGGAACUUCACAGCUAUAACCACAAUAAAUCUUAGCAACAACAAGAUCACCGGAACUAUACCAGAUGAUCUACCUGUUACACUGCGGAAUCUUUUUCUCUCGGACAACCAACUCACCGGAAGCAUCCCGAUGUCGCUAUCAAAACUUAACAGUUUAACAGCCAUGUCACUCAAUGAUAACCAUCUCGAUGGACAGCUACCAGAUGCUUUUGGCUCCCUUGUUGGACUUAUAAACCUGGAUAUUUCUUCCAACAACUUCAGUGGUCCAUUACCAACUUCGUUGGGAAACCUGUCAUCACUAGUUACGCUGCGAAUGCAAGAUAAUCAACUAUCUGGGACCCUUGAUGUGUUGCAGGGUCUUCCCCUCGGUGAUUUAAAUAUAGAGAACAAUUUAUUUUCUGGACCGAUUCCUCCAAAGUUGCUCAACAUACCAAAUUUGAAAAAGGAUGGGAACCCAUUUAAUACCAGCAUUGCUCCUUCCACGUCACCCUCUUUAACACCGACAGGCCCUACACCGACACAAACACCAUCAUCUCCUUCAUCCCCUUCAGGAACUCCUUCAUCGUCUAAUACACCCUCGAGCUCUUCUGGUGGAUCCACAGCUCGAGACAGCAGAUCAUCCUCCGGGAAACACAAGUCUUCAACCCUAAGGACCGUUGGAUACGUUUUUCUUGGCAUUGUGCUGUUCAUAAUUGUUGUGCUACUGGUAAUCUUUUGCCUGUCCAAGUACCAAGAGAGACAGUCAAGACAUUCAACAAGUCAGGUGGGAAGGGUGCACCAAAGAGUUGAAGAGCCUAAAGUCAAGCAAGCUUCAGCGCAGCCAAGGAACGACGUUAAAAAAGGCUCAGCUGGGGUUCCUGACAGGAAGAAUGUUCGUGAAAUAAAUUUGGCCAUACCAGCUGCUCUUGAGAAGCCUCCUGAAAAGAGAGAAGAGCGUGUAAUUAACUUGGAGCGAACAGAGUCGGAUAUUUUUGCUGUGGAACCUCCGCCACCUCCACCACCGCCGCCGCCACCACCACCAGUGUCCCCACCACCACCUCCACCGCCGCUGCCGCCGCCGCCGCCAGUGUCCCCACCACCACCUCCGCUUGUUGAAAAAGUGAUUGUUAAUCCUAUUGUUAAGCCAGAAAAAAGAGCUAGCACCCCACCAAGGGCAGGUCCCUCGACAUCUGCAACAUCCUUUUCUGUUGCAACACUUCAGCAAUAUACAAAUAGUUUUGGAGAGGAAAAUUUAAUAAGAGAGAGUAGGUUGGGAAAAGUAUAUCUGGCAGAACUUCCUGAAGGCAAAUUACUGGAAGUUAUGAAGAUAGACAAUGCCAAUGGAAGAAUACCAGUAGAUGACUUUCUAGAGCUGGUUGCGUGUAUAUCAGAUAUUAGACACCCUAGCAUCCUUGAGCUUGUUGGAUACUGUGCAGAAUAUGGACAGCGGUUACUUGUUUAUAACCACUUCAGUAGAAAAACACUACAUGAUGUGUUACAUGAAAGAGAGGAUCUAGAUAGUGCACUGUCUUGGGGCGCCCGUCUCCAGGUUGCUCUUGGUUCAGCAAAAGCCUUAGAGUAUCUCCAUGACACCUGCGAGCCUCCAGUAGUGCAUCAGAAUUUUGAGCCAGCCAAUGUGCUUCUUGAUAAUAGAUUCUCAGUACGUGUUGCUGAAUGUGGACUGUCUGUAUUGACGUUGUCAAGUUCUGUUACACAGUUGUCUGGUCGCAUGCGAGCACUACUAAAUUACGAGGCACCUGAAAUCCAGGAAUCUGGAACUUUUACUGAUCGAAGUGAUGUUUACAGUUUCGGUGUGGUGAUGCUAGAACUUCUUACUGGUCGUAAACCAUAUGACAGUUCUCGUCCGCGACAUGAACAACAUCUUGUUAGGUGGGCCCAGUCUCAGUUUCAUGACAUUGAAUCACUAAUAAAGAUCGUUGACCCUUCUAUUCGUGGAGAGUGUUCUGAGAAAGUGUUGUCUCGUUUUGUCGACAUCAUCAGUCGCUGUAUUCCGCCGGAACCAGAAUACAGGCCGCCAAUGUCUGAGAUUGUCCAAGAUCUAGCGAGUAUCUUAAACGCUGCUGGUGAGGAAUCAGAGUGAUAAGCAAAAUCAAGGAUGGGCCAUAUAUAUCGAACGUUGGCGGCGUAGCCAAUGAAGUAUAUUCAGAUGAAACAUCUAGCACAUUCCGGGGAAACCCUGUCAAUAUUUUUAUUGGACAACACCGUCAACCAGUGUACAUGCUGAUUUGGAGCCAGAAAGAAAGGAGGUAGUGGUACAGCCCCCAUUUUGGGAGGAGGGAGGAGGGCAGGGGGAUUCUCGUUGCUCCCGGGCAGAAGAUCCUUGUAUUCUAGGCUUCUAGCCAUGAUUGUAUGAGGUGUAUCUCUAGUAACCACCUAGAGUAUAACUUUGGAUAGUUUUUUUUUUGUUUUUAACCUAUUACCUUGAAGUUAGUGAUGUUCGUACGUUUCUCUGCAUGCCCGGGUCUCGUCUAUCUAUGAAGACAAAAGAAAUGUUUUUUCUUA